CCCUCGCGCGCCGGCCCCGAUCGUGUUGAUUCUGUUGUUGCUUAGUGACGCCACGGACGCCGCUGAAUUCUACUCGCAAUCGCAGAUAUUCAUUUCACUUAUAAAGUAUUACACACGCACUUCAACCAGAGACAGAGUGGUAACCCAACAUGCCGACUAUUGUUGAGAUUGUGGAUGAAGACCCGUCUGUAGAUCAGGCACCGGUCUUCGUCACAGAAGUCAAACCUGUCUCCAUCGAGCCUGUGGAAUUGGAAAAAUCAAGCAACCUAGCUUCCUGUGAGCCCACCAAGGCCCUAGAUGCGGAGGAAGUGGAGGAUAUUCCUGGAGCUGAGGUUGUGGAUGCUGAUGGACUGUCAAGUGAAGGAUUAGGAGAAGGAGAUGGUGAACAGAAAGAUGAUGGACCAAAAUUGGUUAAGGAUGAUGAUGAGCCAAGCAAGAAGGAAAGAAACAGGAAGGAGGAAGACGAGAAGGAAACAGACUCUCAGGUUCCUGAGGAUGACGACAGAUUUCCAAGAAUGACAGAGAAAGCAUUGAAGGAUAUAUGCAAGCAGCAUGACCUGUACAGGACGCCUGAACUUAACGAUGUACUUUAUCUCCAUUAUAAAGGCUACACCCGCAUCGAGGGGCUGGACAAGUACACCGGACUGAAAGCCCUCUACCUGGAAUGCAACGGCUUCCGCAAGAUUGAAAACCUUGAUAACCAGCGAGAGCUGCGCUGCCUGUACUUGCAGCAGAACAUCAUCGCCAGGAUCGACAACCUACAGAACAUGCAAAACCUUGAUACACUCAAUGUGUGCCAUAACCAUAUCACAAGGAUAGAGAAUAUCGCCUGCUUACCAAAGCUGAACACACUUCAGAUCACCCAUAACAGAUUGACAACGGCUGAAGAUUUGAUGGAACUCAAAGGUUGUCCUAACCUCAGUGUUUUGGAUCUCUCACAUAAUCGUAUCAACGAUCCCAAGGUCUUAGAGGUCUUUGCUGCCAUGCCAGUUCUGAGGGUUUUGAAUCUUAUGGACAAUCCAGUGAUCAAACAGAUCAAGAAUUAUCGCAAGACUCUGAUUCGCGAUGUGAAAAACCUGACGUACUUGGAUGAUAGACCUGUGUUUCCUAAAGAGAAAGCCUGUACCUUAGCCUGGUGGGAAGGAGGUCGGGAGGCUGAGAAAGCUGAGAGAGAUCGCUGGAUCAACAAAGAAAGACAGAAGAUCAUGGACAGUGUAGAAGCCCUUGCUGCAAUCAGGAGAAGAAACCAAGAGAAGAGGAAGGAAAGAGAAGCCAAAGAACUAGAAGAGCAUGGUCCGGAUUUUAAGAGAGAGAUUCCAGACCCAGAGACCUUUAUUCAUCAUCCCCCUGAAGAUGAAGAUCUCUUUACUUUCAAUGUAGAAAAACCAGAGAAUCAGCAGAAACCUGAUUCUGUCACAAGCCCUCGUACAGCAUGGUCUGAUCAACAAACAUCGUCAGAGGAUAUCGAUGAUGGAAAGAUUAAUAUUGACGAUCUUCCAGAUUUAGAAGACAUUGAUGAAGAUGAGAUAACGUGGGCCAGGCAGUCUCAGAAUAAACCACUCAUUGAAGAUAUCACACCUACCAAGCCGGUAGUCUCCAUAGCAACGGAUGUCAACAAGCCCUCCACAUCAGGCCGAGUUCUAAUCGAAGAGGUCGGUCCAGUAGAGAGUGAAGUUAGCCGGCAAUCUGGGAGAGGGGAUGGUAUGGUGUCCCCAACGAGUCUGAUAGAAGAUAUCUCAUUGUCUGAAAACUCUGCUAAUAAGGAGGCGAAAAGCUUUGACCAACUGAAGGCAGAGUACAGUGACAUGGAGACGAGGUUGCCAAGAAGCUGGCAGCUGAAAGAGCAAUUCAGUGCACCUGGCGGCCCACCUGGGGCAGAGGUUGACUUAUCACCUGAAAGUGGACGAACUAAAUGCCUGGUUGAAGAGGUUGGGCCUCAUAGUGAUGCAGUCACGGGCUCGCUGGUGUCGGAGGUUGAGGCAGCAAGUGGAAACGCAGAUGUAACAAAUAUUGCUGGGGAGGAGGUUGAUGAGGAAAGUGAACUGAUCAAUGAGAGCAAAGACAAUGAGUAUCUCACAUCUGAACAAGAAAGGCAAAAGGAGAUUGAACAGAAGAUUUGGGAAUUAGCAGCUAACGCAGGAUCAACGCUUGGCAGGGAGGAGACCGGUAGUCUCAAUAGUGAACUUAUGAGGACUCUGAGAGCCAAAUAUCAAGGCAUGGGACCUUAAGAAGAGUCUUGUCAUCCUUAAAGAUUUGGAAAAUGGCAGAUGAGGCAGGACCAAUGAUAGCAGACAUUCUUAAAAUGGAACUUAUGAGGACUCUGGAGCUAGAUACCAGGGAAUAGCACCUUAAGAGUCUUGAAAUCCUUUAAAGGGUCAGAAGAUUUGGCAAUUGGCAGAUAGGACAUGACUGGUAUUAAUAGACAUUCUUAAGAUGGAACUUAUGAGGCCUCUAGGAGCUAAAUACUAAGGCAUGGGACCUAAAGUUGAGUCUUGAGAUCUUUAAAAGGGUCACAAGAUUUGGCAAUUGGCAGAUGAGGCAGGACC